CCUAUCUCUGGACGAAGCAAAUCACCUCUCUCCCUUUCCCGCAGCCUGAGAUUGAGAUGAGGGCAUUCGGAACCUGUCGACACACACACACACGAAUUCUCUCUCUCUCUCUCUCUCUCUCUCUCUCUGUACGGCAGCUGGUGACACACGUUGAUUCCACAGAGCGACGACACCUGCCAUAGUCUCUAGGAGACUGCGCACUGCCUAUCAAAUGACGGCUUUCUGAAAGGCGCCUAGAACAAACAAAGCCAAGUGAAGACUAAAAAAAACCCAACUCAUUCAAGACGCACAGAUUCUGGUUGUAUACACCUAGGUACCAACUAAGGCGUAGAGAUGGAUACUGCAGCAAAUUGACCGGGAAGCAGGUCCGCGAGGCAAGGUUCCUGCUACCUAAUUUAAGCCUUCCCUUCCCCGCGGCGUUUCGAGACAGAGACCAUUGGGAGAUACGUGAGGUAGGUAAAUUUUAUGGAGACCACCGAAAGCCCAGAAUGCAAUAAUUGGCGGUGCUGCUAUGCGCUGUGGAUCGACGAAACAAUGGGCCGAGCGCACAACCUCGCCCAAUGUAUCUUCCCUCCUAAUCUGGGUGUGUCGAUACCUUCGCGUCCCUCUGCAAGGUCGGGCCUGCGAAAGAGCCUCAGUCUCCCCCACCAAGGUUCGCUGUAAAUGGCCUGUACCUAGACAGGUAGUUGAACGAAUUACUAUCCAACAAUGUGCGAAUACGCAUAGAGCGCGCCAAUCGAAUCCCCGCCGCAUCUAACCUUCCAACGUCCUGUCUGCCCGCCCUCCCGCCGCGCCAUCUCAACCUCCACUCUCACCAACCAACCAACCAACCAACCGACAUAAUACAUAGUACACCACAAACUACCUACGCUGGCACGUCGGCUGCGUUGAUGCCAUCGCCCGUCUCGUCGUUCAUUCCGGCAUUCACAAAAAGACGCGCUUCCAACGGCCCUGCAACAUCCGACAAUGCCAUUUAUCCAACUACACCCUGCGUCCUCUAUCUCGAUGAUCUCGCCAUACCCUUAAUCGCGAGCCCCCCCGCCCCAAAAACGUCACUGAACCCACGCCCCAAACCCAAGCGAUCCACUACCCACUGCUGCCGGAUAUCAUUCUAAAUCGGCCGAGAACCUUACCUGCCUUGCCGCCUCGCGAACAAAACGGUGCGUUCAUUCUACCUGGCUGCGACCAUGGAUCGAGCCAUGGACUUGAGGGAUAUGGAUUUUGAGUCGGCCAUUGUCGACGACGAAAAGGACGUGGACCUGGCCGGAAUUGCUGCUGCCACAACUCCACACCUACUGGGCCGCUCGCCCUUGUCCAAGACGCGCUCCAUGUCGGACGGAGGAGGCACCCCGUCGAAGCUCACCCCUUCGCCGCACGUCGCCGCCGACGGUCGCCAGGCAUCCAAGGACGACAACCACAUCAGGGACACGGCCACGGCCACGGCCACGACGCCCGUCACUCCCCACCGAUCCGAGUUUCCCCUCCGCGGCCUCUCGCUGCAGAUGCCCAUCGGUCGCGACCCUGCAUCCCCCGCAUCCACUACCCCGUCUGCCGCCUUCACAAAACCCGCACCCCUAUCGCCCAAGCUCGACCACUCCCAGAUCUACGCGAGCCCGACCAACAUAUUACCGCGUCGCUCCCGCGGCCUCGACUUCUCCCGUGCCGCCACCAGCCUGCAUCACUCGACCCUCGCCGAGUCGUCGCCCGAUUCGUCGCCCACGAUGGGAGGAAGAGGCAUGAACAUCCCCGGCCGCAGGAGUAACGACUACGGCCAGGCCGAACAGACAACCAACUCUCUCUGGUCCAUGAUGGGCAACCACGAGCGAAUGACCGUGUCCAGCUCCCUGGGCAGCGCGAAUCAACUGGGGUCGGAUUCUUCCUCGACGUCCGACGACGACGACCUGAUGGACGAGGACACCGAUGAGCCAUAUAUCGGCACCCCGCAGACCAACAAGACCACCUCCGCGCUCGGCACGCAGCCCAUGAUGGCACCGUGGGGAGGCUCUCCCGCAAUGAAUAGCCUCAUGAGCUUCCAACACAGGCAACGGCAAAGGAAACAGCCCAAGAAGAAGCACAAGCUGCCGCUGGGGCUGGGCUUCAGCCCCUCCACCAACGCCGGGGUCUCAAAAUCGCCCCCCAACACCAUGCCAAAGGAUAUCUCGGCCCAUUCGCGCCGUGAGAGCAUCAGUUGGCAGGCCAACCAGCUUCACAUAUCUGGUAGCGAGGAAGAGCGAGGCGAUAACAUCGACGGCCUUCUCACGACUCCCAGUCGUGACGGACAGCGUCCGACCGUCAUGCGACGCGUUGUCACACGUCGCGGGAACCUGCUGCCCAAGACGAAGAAUUUUGCGCGUAUCAGAGCGGCCUUGUUUGAGGAAGGCGCCCCUGUAGAGACGGAAACCCAACGAGAGGCCGAAGUCGUUCGCCAGGUGCGCGAGAGCGAUGUUGAUCUCGGGGGACCCCGUCAGCAGACGGCACCGGCCACGACGCAGUCGUCACCGAAUCUCGGCCACCAAGACCAGUCCUUGGACGACAUACCGGAAAGCAUGAUCACCGAAUCGGCCCUUAGUCUCUCGGGCAGCUUUAAACAACAGGCCUUGAAGAACUCCAAGGGUACCAAGUUCUGGGACACGUUUUCCGAGUCGAGCAGCAUCGGCACCCGCACAACGCCGCCUCCCCCGAACGGCCUGGCCCGCGGCUCGUCUUCUGGCAUGAGCGAAGACAUAUGUAUGGACUCGCCGUCUCUCGGACCCACGGCUGGCUUCGUCAUGGCCGCCAGCAGCGGCGAGUCUCAGAAGGGCGACACCCCUCUGCUCGCCCAAGGCACGCAGUCGGCGCCCAGUGCCGCGGACAUCACACGACGCAUCAACAGCAAGCGCCGGCGGGACGACGACAACGACCCGGUCAGCCUCAAGCGCCGGGCCGUCAGCCCCGGCAUGAGCGUGCACAACUCGCCCAUCAUGCAGAGCCCUAUGCAGCGCGACCUGGCGCCUUGGGGGUCGCGACCAGGCAGUAACAGCGGCGACCGUGGCGGGAGCGGCGCCCCGAGCGAGUCGGGUAGCCUAGGCGGCGGCGGCACGCCCGGCGCCGGCGCCAAUGUCAACACCAACAACGCCAACAGCCGGGCGAACGGUAAUAAAGGACGUGUCGGGUUCCAGGGCAUGGUCGAUACCCACGACGGUCUAAUGCGGAUGAGCAUUGAGUGAUUUGUUUGAUUAUUUAGGACGUCGUCUGGGGAGCAGCGUCGGCGCGGUCUGUAUUUGGGGCGUUUUUGGUCAGGGAUAAGUAGUGGGUGAAAAGCAAGGAAUCAGGGCCGGAACGGCAGGUCACGAAAAGGUGACACAUAUUAGCAUCUUCAUAGAAGCCGUCCUCGGCACCACACGGGCGAACACACACGCAAAAGGCAUACAACCACGGUGAGAGUAAGAUAGGGAAGUCGUAAUUGGACGAGGUAUCCAUUCAUCGUACAGAGAGAGUGGUUAGGAAACGUGAUAGUAAUUAUUUUGCCGUGGUAUCUUCCCCAACGCCUGUAUACGCCUAUGAUGCACCCGUCAAGCUCCCCCCCCCCCCCUCUCUCUCUUUCUAUCCCCGUCCUGUGGUAAAUUUGACGCGAAAACAAAACAUUCUCAAGCAGCGCGCGGUCUACCCGCGACAAGUCAAACACUCCACAUACACAUUGUACACGUAUGAUCGGGCCCAUACAUCCACCGCACCGUAUACUGAUAAUCCCUUCUCCCCCCCCCCCCCCCC